AUGAGUGUUUGUGUGGAGGAAGAGGAGGACAGAGCAGAGUCUCCAGUAUCCAGCUGUGUGUCCAUAAAGAGUGACCAGUCUAAAGAGUAUCCACUAGACUUCAGUAAUGAAGCUGGAUCCUCAGACACAAAACAGAGAGCAGAGUCUACAGUGUCCAGCUGUCCUUCUAUGAAGAGUGACCGGUCCAAAGACAUUCCUCCAGUCUUCAGUAAUGAACAUGGACCCUCAGACACAAAACAGUGCAUCACCUCAUUCUGGGACCAGUCUGCUUCAUCCUCCUGUCCCCAGUGUGGAGAAAGAUUGAGAACAAGAGCUGGACUGCAGACAGCCAGUCAGAGCAGCUCUGUACAAACAGAUAGUGGUCUGCAGGAGGUUAUAGAUGAAUAUAAGAUCAGUCUGAAGAGGAGAUAUGAAUGUGUGACUGAAGGAACUGAUGAAACAGGAAGUGGAACCCUCCUCAACACGAUCUACACUGAGCUCUACAUCACAGAGGGACAGGUUAAUACCCAACAUGAGGUGUGGCAGCUUGAGACAGUUUCCAAGACUGAGGCCCUCCAUGAAACUCCAAUCAAGUGCCACGGCAUCUUUAAAGCCUUACCUGGCCAACAGAGAGACAUCAGAGUGGUUCUGACGUACGGCAUUGCUGGCAUUGGAAAAACCUUCUCAGUGCAGAAGUUCACUCUGGACUGGGCAGAGGGCUUGAAAAACCAAGAUGUCAGUCUGCUGGUUCUGCUCUCGUUCAGGGAGCUGAACUUGAUCAAAGAUGAGCAGUACAGUCUUCUCAUGCUGCUCCAUGUUUUCCAUCCAACAUUACAGAAGGUCCCAGCAGAGAAGCUCGCUGUCUGUAAACUGUUGUUCAUCUUUGACGGCCUGGAUGAAAGCAGACUUUCACUGGAUUUCCACAACAAUGAGGUUGUGUCUGAUGUCACACAGAAGUCAUCAGUCAACCUGCUGCUGACAAACCUCAUCAAGGGGAAUCUGCUUCCCUCGGCUCUGGUCUGGAUAACUUCCCGACCUGCAGCAGCCAAUCAGAUCCCUCCUUCAUGUGUUGACAGGUUAACAGAAGUACGAGGCUUCACUGACGCCCAGAAGGAGGAGUACUUCAGGAGGCGAUUCAGUGAUGAAGAGCAGUCCAGUAGAAUCAUCUCACACAUCAAGACCUCCAGGAGCCUCCACAUCAUGUGUCUAAUCCCAGUCUUCUGCUGGAUCACUGCUACAGUUCUGGAUCACAUGUUGACUACAGACCAAAAAGGAGAGCUGCCCAAGACCCUGACUGACCUGUAUUCACACUUCCUGCUGGUUCAGACAAAGAGGAAGAAGCAGAAGUAUAAUGAGGGACAUGAGACGAUUUUCCAUCCAACAUUACAGAAGGUCCCAGCAGAGAAGCUCGCUGUCUGUAAACUGUUGUUCAUCUUUGACGGCCUGGAUGAAAGCAGACUUUCAUUGGAUUUCCACAACAAUGAGGUUGUGUCUGAUGUCACACAGAAGUCAUCAGUCAACCUGCUGCUGACAAACCUCAUCAAGGGGAAUCUGCUUCCCUCGGCUCUCGUCUGGAUAACUUCCCGACCUGCAGCAGCCAAACAGAUCCCUCCUUCAUGUGUUGACAGGUUAACAGAAGUACGAGGCUUCACUGACGCCCAGAAGGAGGAGUACUUCAGGAGGAGAGUCAGUGAUGAAGAGCUGUCCAGUAGAAUCAUCUCACACAUCAAGACAUCUAGGAGCCUCCACAUCAUGUGUCUAAUCCCAGUCUUCUGCUGGAUCACUGCUACAGUUCUGGAUCACAUGUUGACUACAGACCAGAGAGGAGAGCUGCCCAAGACCCUGACUGACAUGUACUCACACUUCCUGCUGGUUCAGACAAAGAGGAAGAAGCAGAAGUAUAAUGAGGGACAUGAGACGAGUCAACAGGAGCUGAUGAAGGCUGACAGAAAGGUUCUUCUGAAGCUGGGGAGGCUGGCGUUUGAACAUCUGGAGAAAGGAAACAUCAUGUUCUACCAAGAAGACCUGGAGCAGUGUGGUCUUGAUGUCAAAGAGGCCUCGGUGUACUCAGGAGUUUGUACAGAGAUCUUCAAAAGAGAGAGUGUGAUCUUCCAGAAAACAGUCUACUGCUUUGUUCAUCUGAGCGUUCAGGAGUUUCUGGCUGCAGUCUACAUGUUCCACUGUUACACCAACAGGAACACAAAGGUACUGGAGAACUUCCUCAGGAAGACACCCUUGGAUGUCUUCCUGAGGAAAGCAAUGGAGAAUUCAUUUGAAAGUAAAAAUGGCCACCUAGACCUGUUUGUUCGCUUCCUUCAUGGCCUCUCUCUGGAGUCCAACCAGAGACUCUUAGGAGGCCUGCUGGGUCGGACAGACAACAGUCCAGAAAUCAUCCAGAGAGCCAUCAACAACCUGAAGGAGAUGAACAGUGAUAAGAUCUCUCCUGACAGAAGCAUCAACAUCUUCCACUGUCUGAUGGAGAUGAACGACCACUCAGUACAUCAGGAGAUCCAAGAGUUCCUGAAGUCAGAGAACAGAUCAAAGACGGAACUCUCUGAGAUCCACUGCUCAGCUCUGGCCUACAUGCUGCAGAUGUCAGAGGAGGUUCUGGAUACGUUUGACUUGAAGAAGUACAACACAUCAGAGAAGGGACAAUGGAGACUGAUUCCAGCUGUGAGGAACUGCAGAAAGGCUCUACUUUCUGGCUGUGGACUCUCAGAGACUCACUGUGAAGUUGUGGCCUCAGCUCUGAAGUCCAAACCCUCAAAUCUAAAAGAGUUGGACCUGAGUCACAACAAGCUGCAGGAUUCAGGAGUAAAGCUGCUGUCUAUUGGAUUGGAGAGUCCAAACUGUAGACUCGAGACUCUGAGAUUGUGGGGCUGCAGGUUGUCAGAGAGCAGCUGUGCUUCUCUGGCCUCAGCUCUGAAGUCCAACCCCUCCCAUCUGAGAGAGCUGCAGCUGAGUAACAACAAGCUGCAGGAUUCAGGAGUUAAGCUGCUGUGUGAUUUUCUGAGGAGUCCACACUGUAGACUGGAGGCUUUGAGAGUGGGGAGCUGCAGUUUGUCAGAGAGCAGCUGUGCUUCUCUGGCCUCGGCUCUGAAGUCCAACCCCUCUCAUCUGAGAGAGCUGCAGCUGAGUAACAACAAGCUGCAGGAUUCAGGAGUGAAGCUGCUGUGUAAUUUUCUGGAGAGUCCACACUGUAGACUGGAGACUCUGAGAUUGUGGGACUGCAGUUUGUCAGAGAGCAGCUGUACUUCUCUGGUCUCAGCUCUGAAGUUCAACCCCUCCCAUCUGAAAGAGCUGCAGCUGGGUAGAAAUGAGCUGCAGGAUUCAGGAGUGAAGCUGCUGUGUGAUUUUCUGCAGACUCUAUGCUGUGAACUGGAGACUCUGAGGUAA